AUGGCGAUGUCGGUUGAGACGAAAGGAGAAAAAGUGAAAGAAGAUGUUGAUGAUCUACUAAUUUGUACAAUUUGUUUGGACACCUUCAAAGAACCUAAGUAUCUGCCGUGUUUGCAUACGUUUUGUAAGUCGUGUAUUAAUACAUAUAUUGUUUCAACCGUGACAGGAAACAAUCCAAAUGGAUUCAAAUGUCCCGUAUGUCGUCAACCUGUGCCAAUUCAUGACAAUGAUGAUAAUUCGGAAAAUUGGGCCAAUAAUUUACCCGGAAACCAUUUUAUUCUAUCACUUAUUGAUAGAAAGGCAAUCCAAAAGUCGGAAAAACUUUGCGAUACUUGUAAACUAGAGAAUAUUUCUCAGAAGGCACACUCAUUCUGCGUUGUGUGUGAUGAAGCUUACUGUGAAUCAUGUCAAAGAUGUCAUAAGCUUUACAAAGCAACAAGAACUCACACAAUAGUUCCCAUCACAGAUAUUAUAACAGACACCACCAUUUCCGGUAUAUAUGCGCAUGUCAUUUGUAAAGAACAUCCCGACAAGACGAUAGAAGUUUACUGUCAGGAUCAUUCAAAACCUUGUUGUACAGUUUGUGCAACUGUCCACCACAGAAAAUGUGAAAAGGUUGUCACUAUCGAUAAAGCGGUGACCGGGAUAAAAGCAUCCGAAAAAGCAAAAAACCUGUUGACAACAUUAACAGAAAUGAGUUACACAUUAGGUAAAGUUCUUCAGAACCAAAAGACUAAUAAGAAAGAUUUUGAAAAUGGCAUAGAAACAGUUCUUCAAGAAAUCACAACUUUACGAGAAAAAGUUUGUAAAUAUUUGAAUGAACUCGAACAAAAACUUCGGGACGAGGCCAACUGUAGAAGGAAAGAAAAAAUAAUUAAGCUUGAUGACGAAACAACACAUUUGUCCAGCCUAAAGAAUACAGUUGAUAACUGGAAGAGUUUAUUCGAAGCUUGUUUAUCUCAAGGAUCAGAAAUACAAUGUCUGGUCAAGAUGGAGGAGAUUCUAAACAAUCUGCCUCAAACUGAAAAUAACAUUUCUAAACUUCUACGUGAAAUAAGGGCCAUACCCGUAGAGUUUGAACAGAAAGAUAUCAUUUCAGACAUAACCUCUCUCGGGAGUUUGAUUUUUGAUGAGCAACGGCCUUCUGCAUGUUCUAUUCCCAGAAUGAAAAUAACAAAUUUCCACACAGGAAAAAUCCGAAUAGUUUUCACUAUUGAUGUAACAAUAAAUGCUGUUAGUGGGAUAUUCUUUAAUGAUGAUAUCAUUUUGACUCAUCAUACUCAAAAAAAGAUCGUGUAUUACGACAACAAAGGGAAGCAACUAGAACAGUUAGGUAUUCCGUACAAUGUAACAGACAUAGUUAAACUGAAUGACCAAACAGUCGCCGUGUCUUCAAAUGAAAAGAAGAUAGUACUUAUUAACGUUAAACCGCUGACUUUCGUGAAAACUUUAAAUAUCAGCAAUCCUGUGUGGGGUAUUUCAAUCUGUGAAAAUGAAUAUGUUACUGCUAAUAGUAGAACAAUAUCUUGGUUAAACAUUGAUAAUGGUACAGUGAUUAGAAGUCAACCAACAACAGCAGACACAAUACAUGUUUAUUUCUACAAGAAAAAUGAUUACAUCUACUGGGAUAGCAAACAUUCUAUUAAAAGGGAGAGCAAUGAUGAAAAAGUCUUUACGUACAACCAUAGUCUAUUGCAACGCCCCUAUUUUCAGGACGUAGAUAGCGACGGGAACAUUUAUACAACCGGAUAUGGUUCUAAAAACAUACAUCAGUUAACAUCUACUGGACAACUCGUACGAAUUAUUCCCAUAUCAGAUAUAGAUAAUACCAACAAGGGUUAUCCAUGGGUAAUACGGUUCAAGCCAAACAGUAACAGAUUUCUAUUAACAUUUAACAGUGGUGCUACUAAAGUCCUUGUGUGUGAAAUUGAUUAG